GAGAUCCAUCUGGGUCCCCCUCCCGGACUAAUCUCUUUUAACAAAUGUUUACUGAGAGCCCAGGCUCUGUUGCGGCGGUAGAGAUACGUUGGUGAUUAUGGAAUAGACCCUGAUUACCAGUUUCGUGACCUUGAGUUUAAGUUUUGUGUAAACUUAGUAUCUUUGUACAGCUGUGAUGAUGAAAUGAGCCACAAUGAGUACGUGGCUAGAACUGAAGCGUCAUCUUUAGUUGGAAGGAAGAAGGAAGCCAGUGAUGGGAGAGUUGCCGACUUAUCCAUUACCAGGAGUAUGAGGAGGAGAAACUGCUACCCACUCCAGUAUUCUGGCCUGGAGAAUUCCAUGUACUGUAUAGUCCAUCGGGUUGCAAAGUGUCGGACGCGACUGAGCGACUUUCACUUUCAUGACGAGGACAGUGUCCUCAAUGAGAAUGAAAGUCAACCUUUCAGGGCCAGACACCCUUUUCAUCUCUGUUAAGCCCUCACACAGAACAUGUUGACACUUUUUGGAGCCUAUAAAUAAAUUUCUCCUUCUAUCAUUAACUUUGGCCUUGGCAUAAGUAAAACCCAAAAUGCAAAUCAAUCUCUACAUUUUUCAUUUCAGCAUUCAUGCCCCAAUCCAGCAAAUUUCCAAUUACAUAAGAAACACACUGUAUCAUCUUGAACAUUUACUUCCUAAGAAUUCUUUCUUUAGAUUCUUCAUACUUUAUUUAGUCCUUAUGGUGGCACUGAGGUGACUCCCAUCAACAUGCAGGCUGUCUUACCAACCUGUUUUGCUCUAACUGGCUUCUUAGUUUUUUAACCAUAGACAUUACAUGAGAAACUUCAAGAUUUUCAAGUGGAACUGGCUGCGAGUAGAAUUUUUUGUUGUUGUUGUUUUCCCAGGUUUUUAUUUAAGAUCUAUAAAAAAAUUGAAAUAAUAGUACCGUGAUCUCUCAUAUACCUCUCAUCAUGUGCCUUUCACUAAUUAUUAACAUUUUGCCACAUUUAUGUCUAUUCAUGUGAAAAUGUUUAUGUAUCUAUAUAUACAGGUACGUGUUGUGUGUAUGUUAUUUUUUCCCCCUGAACUGGUUGAAAGUAAGUUUAGAAAAGAGGCAGUGAAGAUCAGGAGGUCAUCGCCCUGCUCUGUAGGAGGGAUGAUACUGUGGUGGCAUCGUGAGUGCUAGGAGGAGGUGAGUACAGGGCACCCUGAGAGAGUACAGGAGAGACUGCUCAUCUGCCUCUUCUGGUGGCCAGAAGAGGUUUCAUGAAGGAAGUGACAGGCAAACUACAACCUGAGGGACAAUGGGCAGUUAUCCAGGUAAUGGAUGGAAGGGAGCAUUCAGGCCAGGGCAACAGCCUUACAUGGAAGUGAGUGUCGAGAUCACCCAGGCUAAGGUGAAGUACAAAGGAGAGCUGCUGCCCAGAGCAGAGAAGAAGUUCUCAGAGGGCCUUUUCAGGCGGCUUAAGGAGCUGAGAGUUUAUCUUGAGGACAGUGGAGAGUCACUGGAGAUUUUAAAUGGGGGUAGGACAUGAUCAAAUUUGCAAUUUUGAAUGAAGAGGCAAGGGGACCACUUAGGAGGCUGAUGCAAAGGUCUGUGGGUGAGAUCAUGCAAUGUGAGUGAAGAGAGUAGAUGGAGAGCUUUGGGAGGAAUGACCAGUCACACCGAGCACCAGAAUGGAGGUGUCUUGCUGGAAGACUGAGGUGUUGUCAUGGAGGGCAGAGACACCUUGGCUCCAACAUGUGCCUAAGGCAGCUUCUGCAGUCCUCCUGGCUCCAGCGGGCUUGGCGGGCGGCCUUCCUGAAACACGUCCAGAGCAGGCACCCGGGAGCCUGGAGAUGGACACAUUCUGGAGGCGGCCCCUACAGAGCAGUGAUUUUUGACAUGGGCGGAGUUCUGCUUCCUUCUCCAGGGAGAGUGGCCGCAGAGUGGGAGGUACAGAAUCAUAUCCCUUCUGGAACUAUAGUGAAGGCCUUGAUCUCAGGUGGCGAAAAUGGGCCCUGGAUGAAAUUUAUGAGAGCAGAGAUAACAACAGAAGAUUUCUUACAAGAAUUUGGGAGACUUUGCUCUGAAAUUUCAAAGACCUCCGUGCCUGUGGACUCCUUUUUCUCUCUGCUGACCAGUGAGCGAGUGGCGAAGCAGUUCCCAGUGAUGACUGAGGCCAUAACUCAGAUUCGGGCUAAAGGCCUUCAGACUGCAGUCUUGAGCAAUAAUUUUUAUCUUCCCAAUGGAAAGAGCUUUUUGCCCUUGGACCGGAAACAGUUUGAUGUGGUCGUAGAAUCCUGCCUGGAAGGUGUCUGCAAGCCAGAUCCCAGGAUGUAUAAGCUGUGCUUGGAGCGGCUUGGCCGGCAGCCUUCUGAGUCCAUCUUUCUUGAUGAUCUUGGACCAAAUCUAAAAGCAGCUGCCGGCCUUGGCAUUCACACCAUUAAGGUCGAUGACCCAGAGACUGCAGUAAAGGAAUUGGAAACUCUUUUGGGAUUUCCAUUGAGAAUGCCUGUUCCAAACACUCGCCCUGUGAGAAAGACAAUGGAAAUUCCCAAAGACGCUUUGGAGAAGUACCUCAAAGACUUACUGGGAAUCCAACCCACAGGCCCAUUGGAACUCCUUCAGUUUGAUCAUGGGCAGUCAAAUCCCACCUACUACAUCAAGCUGGCUAACCAUCAGCUAGUUCUGAGGAAGAAACCCCCUGGGACACUCCUUCCAUCCGCGCAUGCAGUAGAGAGGGAGUUCAGGAUAAUGAAAGCUCUGGCAAAUGCUGGAGUCCCUGUCCCCAAAGUUCUUGACCUUUGCGAAGACUCAAGUGUUGUCGGUACCCCCUUCUAUCUGAUGGAAUACUGCCCAGGCCUCAUCUACAAAGACCCCUCUCUGCCAGGCUUGGAGCCCAGUCAGAGGCGGGCCAUCUACACUGCCAUGAACAGAGUCUUGUGCAAGAUUCACAGUGUGGACCUCAAGGCUGCGGGCCUGGAAGACUAUGGGAAGCACGGGGACUAUCUUGCGCGUCAGGUGCAAACAUGGAUCAAGCAGUAUCGAGCCUCAGAAACCAGCACCAUUCCAGCAAUGGAGAGGCUCAUCGAGUGGCUGCCCCUCCACCUUCCCAGGCAGCAGCGGACCACAGUGGUGCACGGGGACUUCAGGCUGGACAACCUGCUAUUCCAUCCGGAAACUGCCGAGGUGCUUGCUGUCCUGGACUGGGAACUUUCUACUUUAGGUGACCCCCUUGCCGAUGUGGCCUACAACUGCCUGGCUCACUACCUGCCAUCCGGUUUUCCCAUUCAGCCAGGGUUGAGUGACUGUGAUUUGACUGAGCUGGGAAUCCCUACUGCAGAGGACUAUUUCAGGAUGUACUGUCUUCACAUGGGGAUCCCUCCUAUUGAGAACUGGAACUUCUACAUGGCUUUCUCCUUCUUCCGCAUCGCUGCAAUCCUGCAGGGAGUCUACAAGCGUUCACUCACAGGGCAAGCAAGCUCGGCAACUGCAAAACAAACUGGGAAGCUGACAGAAUUUAUGUCUAACCUGGCAUGGGAUUUUGCAAUCAAAGAGGGGUUCCAGAUUUUUAAGAAAAUGCCGGCCACCAAGCCAUUAAUGAGGUCCCACCACACAUGGUCUCUGCUGAGGACCCCAGGCACGAGGAGUUAUGUCACCUCCACAGACUCUUCUCCAGCUCAUGCCUCAAAGGGAGCUCUGAUCUUCUCUCCAGAAGGCCUUCCCCCCCGAGUCAGGGAGCUAUAUCAGCAGCUGAAGGAGUUUAUGGAACAACAUGUGUACCCCGCUGAGCCGGAGCUACAGCGUCACCAGGUCUCGGCUGAGAGGUGGACCCCCUCCCCGCUGGUCGAAGAUCUCAAGGAGAAAGCCAAGGCCGAAGGACUUUGGAACCUUUUCCUACCCCUGGAGACUGAUCCCAAGAAGAAAUAUGGAGCAGGGCUGACCAACAUGGAGUACGCACAUUUGUGUGAGGUCAUGGGCACGUCUCUGUAUGCUCCCGAGAUUUUUAACUGUUCUGCCCCAGACACGGGGAACAUGGAGCUUCUGGUUCAAUACGGCACCGAGGAGCAGAAGGCCCGCUGGUUGAUUCCAUUGCUGGAGGGAAAGGCUCGUUCCUGUUUCGCUAUGACUGAGCCCCAGGUCGCCUCCUCAGAUGCCACCAACAUUGAGUCUUCCAUCCGAGAGGAAGAUGGCUUCUACGUCAUCAACGGUCACAAGUGGUGGAUCACAGGCAUCCUGGAUCCUCGCUGCCAGCUCUGCGUGUUUAUGGGAAAAACAGACCCACAUGCCCCACGCCACCAGCAGCAGUCCAUACUCUUGGUUCCCAUGGAUACCCCAGGGAUAAAAAUCAUCCAGCCACUGACGGUGUAUGGGCUGGAGGACGCACCAGGUGGCCACGGUGAAGUCCUGUUCGAGCAGGUCCGUGUGCCCAAAGAGAACAUCAUCCUGGGCCCUGGCCGGGGCUUUGAGAUCGCCCAGGGCCGACUGGGUCCCGGCAGGAUCCAUCACUGCAUGCGGCUGAUUGGCUGCUCGGAGAGGGCGCUGGCGCUCAUGAAGGCCCGAGGCAGUCCAUGCCUCCUGUCCUGUCUCCUGUGUCCACAGGCGAAGUCCCGCGUGGCCUUUGGGAAGCCCCUUGUAGAGCAGGGCACGGUCCUGGCAGACAUUGCCCUGUCCCGUGUGGAGAUCGAGCAGGCCCGGCUGCUGGUGCUGAAAGCUGCCCACGUCAUGGAUGUGGCGGGAAAUAAGGCUGCAGCUCUGGAUAUUGCCAUGAUUAAAAUGGUGGCCCCAUCCAUGGCUUCCCGAGUGAUUGAUCGUGCUAUUCAGGCCUUUGGAGCAGCAGGGCUGAGCAGCAACUACCCACUGGCUCAGUUCUUCGCUGGGGCCCGAGCCCUGCGCUUUGCUGAUGGCCCUGAUGAGGUGCACCGAGCAGCAGUCGCCAAGAUGGAGCUGAAGCACUGCAGUUAGACCCGCAGGAGCCAGAUCGUCCCCACUAGGCUUGUUGUGCCCAAAUGUUUAAAUGAUGUGCUUUGAAAGGCCUGGUGUGUGUGCUCCGUGCACCCCUCCCGGCAGCUCUGUCCUGGGACCCUUGUGAAGUUGGCCUUGGUGGGUCCCCACAGAACACACUUCUGUAAGAAGCCUGGAGUUGCCUGUUUCAGGCAAGGAGGAAGAGGAGUAACCAAGAGCUGAGUGGGUUUUGGCACAGAGCCUGAAGAGCUGGUCUUCAGGCCAGGAGCUGGAUGGGCAGCCGGGCCCCUUCUCUCUGGCUGCGGUGUGCAAAGGCUGUGGGCAUCUGCAUGAGUAUUAGGAGACCUGCUGGGCCUGUGGUUGCUCCCAGGGCCUGCUGCUCUGGCCCUCCCCACCCCUUCUCUCAGCUGAUGGCUGCAGCCUACAAACCUGGGGUAGGAGAACUCCUGGGAAAAAGGAAUGAAACCCAAAUCAUGAAGCCACCGCCAUCUGAUUUUCUUUGAAUAUCCAAAACACAGAACACUGAAAUGUUAAUUUAGAAAGAAACUUUGGAGACAUGAAAGAAUAAGAAUGUAUACUAAAGAGACAUCAUGAAUGCUCUAUAUCGUAUAAAAAGAAUGGAGAAUGAAGGCUAUCACUUCAACCCUUGUUUCAGUAAUGUCAGUUACCUCUGCAUAUUUGAGUUUACACAAGGUCCUGCCCAGUGCAUCAGCCUCCCUGUACGCACGGAGGGCAAAGACGCAGUGACCCAUAGUAGGUCCCAAACCAGCCACCUCAAUGCUACUCAUCUAAAGGUCAGCAAAAGACCAUGGCAUUCUGGUGUGUGAGGGCCAUCCUCCAUCGCCUCUGUAGUCAGAAUAUUUGUGGGGAGAGGAGGUGGUGGGAAAUAUGCCAUUACAAUCCAGAGAGCAGUACUUUUCCUACAGAGAUAGGUGGACAUACUUGCUCACUUGAGGUCUGAGUUCAAGGAAUGGGUGCCCAUGAGCCCAGGCAGUGGGUGGAGAUAAGCCACUGGCUCUUAGGGCCUGGUCUGCUAAUCUCAUGAUCUGGGAUAAUGUGGCCAACAGCUGCCCGUUUCAGGUCAGACCACAUGGGCAGGGAUCACCCUUUACUGUCUGCUGCCUUGCAGACCUGGCCCUCUCAAGGAACUGCUUUACCAGAGAGAACACCCACCUGAUGCUACAACCGCAUGCCUUCAGGGUACUGGGGAGUCAUGGGGGCUUGUGAAAAUGCUCCUCAGAUGUCCUUGCCUCAGUGGUCUGGGGAGGCAGGCCCUCCUCUACUGCUUGUUGUUCACAAAGACAGUUAAAUUCAACUCCUCCCCCACAAUGAAUUGCUAUCACACCAGCCGCACUGUCAAACAACCUUUUGAAAACUGUGGCAGGGUUCUAGCAGCCUGAAUUCUUGCUUUGAGUCUUAGUAAGAAGGGGUUUGAAAAAGGAAGUGCUCUGGCAUGUGUAUCACGUGACCUUCAGGUUUCUCUCAUGGACUCUGAAGUUAACCUUGCUUGUUAACUAGUGCAGCUGCAGGGAUGAAAAUGGAAGCUGUGGGGCGAUCGCACGUCUCCCUCAGGUUCUGUGGGGAAAGGGGAAGCCCUGGGUGGGACAGUGAGCGUGCUUAAAGGAUGUGACUCACAGAGAUGCGGCCUCCAGCAGCCCCUUAUCCAGGAUCUCCCAUCCUGUGAAAUAAUUCCACUCACCACUGUCAACUGUACCCUUCCUCUUGGUUGGGCACUAGUCUAGGCCUUGGGGAAUGUGCAGGAAAACAAACUGGCCCAGUUGCUGACACCAGGGGGCCCUUGGCCCCUUGACCCCUGGUGCCCUGAAGGCGUGUGGUUAUAACUGCCCCAGGUGGGUGUUCUCUCAGGUAGGGGACGGUGGCGAGUAUCUGAGAUGGUGGUGGGUGAUGUGGGUGCUCUAAUAGGCACUGCUAGGGGGUAGGAGCUGGGGGCUCAAGAAGGGAAAACUUAUUCCAGAAGAGGCAUUUGAGCAAGACCUGCAUGAUAAGAAUGGGCAAGGGUGCUUCAGAAGAAGGAACAGCAGAUGCAGAAGCCCUGCGUGGCAGUCCAGUGUGUCUGGGUGUGGAAUACCAGAAGGUAGAAGGUGCUGGGCCAUGUGAGACCUCGGGGCCUUUGGUGGGGAGUUUGGUGUUGAUUCUAAAUGUGACAAAACAGUAAGUUUAGGUCUUAGCGUGACACUUUGAUUUGAGUUUUUAAAAGCUGCUUCUGCUCUCCGAAGUUCACCAGGAUAAAGAAGGAAUAAAGGAAGAUUAGAGCUGGUUCAAAGUUCCCUAAUGCUGCAGAGGGCUGCAAAAAAAAAAAAAAAAAACCAAAAAGUUAAAAUUUAAAAAAAAAAGAAGGAAAGGUGGAGGAUGAGGGGCAGGGGUCUUAACGAGUUAUGAGCAAAAAAUCUGAAGAAUAAAGGAAAUUUAACCUGG